GUUUGGACACAUUUUCAAUUUGAUUUUACACUUACUUUAAUUCAAGGAUAUUCAGGAAAUUCAAUUUAACCAGACUAGGGGCAAAAAAGGGAGUAAACAACUUAACAGAGCUGUAAGGUCAUUGGCUGUUCUACUGUACAACCACUAAGCUAGUAACGCACACAGAGAGUUUUGAUAUACUGUUAAUUGGCAUUGAUUUUCUACAAGUUAAAUACUUAAAUCUUAUUUCCAGCAACAUGAAUCUAACAAUAACUUCAGAAAACUGCAUAUUCAACGCUACCAACAGUACCUUAUGCAUGGCGAACACAGCAGCCAAGUUUUCGUUACCUCGAAUGGUUCUCACUGUUGUUUACACAACUAUCGCAGGUGUUUCUUUUUCUGGAAAUGGUCUUCUUUGUGGAAUCAUUCUGCGCAAGAGGAAAAUGUUGAAAAAGAACUACAAUGUUUUAAUUUUCAACCUUGCAAUUGCGGAUGCUUUUUUAACAGGAAUAUUUAUAGUGGCCACGCCCGACUACGUUUUCAUCCGUAGGAAAUAUCCUUUCCCAGAAAGCCUUGUGGGUGAGAUAUUCUGUCGUCUGGUCGGUUCAACAUAUAUUCUCUUCAUCUUCGGCAAGGCGUCAAACCUGACAAUCAUGUUUCUGGCCAUUGACCGUUGGUAUUCCAUCGUUAAACCGAUUGYUUAUAAAACCAAAUUCAGCAGAAACCGUUUGUACUGGUAUAUUGCCCUUAUAUGGUUUAUAAGCUGCCUAACUCAAAUCAAUGAAUUAUUCAUCACUUUUGUGAAUGAGGGACUCUGCGAUUUUCAAGCCCCGUUCUACGAYAGCGAAGUCGAAAGAAUCCUUAUCCUAACGCACGUGACCUUGACGUUCCACAUUCCAAGCAUAAUCACGUGGUGCUCAUUUGCGCAUAUUGUGUUGCACAUGCGCAAAGCAGCGUUCAGACGUAGUCAUAACAACCUGAAGGCUACGCAUAGGCUACUGCGCAUGUGCGCUUUGGCCGCGUUAUUCCUAUCAAUCUGCUGGCUACCAACAGAGACUUUCUUCGUUCUGUUCAAGUUUAAUGUGUACAAGUUGCCGUUUACUGCUUCGUUAACUCUCAGUGUUCUGGCCAUGUUUAAUUCUUGUGUAAACCCUUGGAUUUACUGUCUAAGCAACAAGGAAUACAGGCGAGAAUUCCUUAAGCUAUUGUGCUGUUCAGGAACCAAUGGAGUUYCACUGCCGAGAUUAUUCACAAGGGUCUCUUCCUCUCAAAGUCAAUAUUCUUUCAGCAACGUGGCUUCUUUGUCAACAAACGUGAGCCUCUCUAAUCUGGACGUCGAACUCUCGUUUACGAACAAGUCACGUGACUCUGUGGUUGGCCAAUGGGAUUCUUCUGAGGCGACUUUGAAGAGAUAUUCUUACCAGGAAACGGGAUUUGACAAUCUAUCUAAUGGAUUAGCCAAUCAUAAACUUUAAUAUCAACAGAACCAAAUGAAGUAAGUCACUUAUGGCGCCAAUGAAAUAAGUAACAGCAAAUGGCCUUCAAGGAUUAAUCAAUUAUAAGCUUUAAAGUAAACAAUACAAAUAAACUGGGCUUACAAUACGGCGAAUACGGCGCCGAUGAAACAAACAUUACAAGAAUAAGUUUAAUUUAAGAAGAGCGAAAUUCAAUUUCUUUUGAAUUCAAUUUAUGUUAUGAAGAGAAGGCCACAUUGCCGAUUAGAAAUGUUGAUGGAAAUUUUGUUAGUCUAAUCUUUUCGCAUGCAGUUUAAGAACUUUUACUGAUAUUUUUUCUCAGGCAUUAUGGCCAAUACUGUAUCUGAGAAAAAAAGCUAAAAUGAAAAGCCGACACUGAAAAUAAAAAAAUAUAAAAAUGAUGUAUAAUAAUAAUAUACAAAUUUAUCGAUGUUGUCAAAUAUCUCAGGUGACUCUAACUGUUGAUAAUAA